AUGCAACUUUUGAAGAGCAUCACUGCCCUAGGCCUUUUCCUUACUGCUGCUGUCGAAGCUGCUCCGGUGGCUGCCCCAGCUGAUAGUAGCAUGAACGAAGCAUUCCCAUCCGUCCUGUUCAUUAAGAAGAGAGACAGAAUCAAUGACUGUGGUGACUCUACUUUCAUCAACCAGAGCAGUGGUGGAUCACCCAGGGUAGACGACUGCUUGCAAAUUGCCCGCAACAUUGCUGGCGGCGGCACCUGGACCUUCGAGGGCUUCGGCGUCCAGCACCAACUGCUUCAAUAUGGGACUUGCGCGUUUGGUGUAACGCAGGGAUCUAGAGUAACAGUGAAGAUUGGCAAUCAGGAUAUCAUUGACCUUAUUAAUGAUUCCAUCUCGCGCUUCCAAUGGUAUGGUCUGGUCGGAUCCAAGGGCACCAUGAACUGUCAGGUGUCAGGUUACAUCGGCCAGGAGAGUGUCUCAUGGGGUAUUUAUCAUACCUAG